AUGUAUCAAUGUGACAAUUGUGAAGAAUGGUUUCGACAAAAACAAUCAGAAUUAAAAAAAAUUCAAAUUAUAAUCAAAAAACGUAGAAAAAGAAUUCAACAACAACAACGAGGACAAAUUUGUGAUAGUUGUGAUCAACAAAAUCAUUUUCAUAAAGAAAUCAUUGCAUGUAGUGAGUGUGGGUAUCCUGAACCAAAAGUUGAUAAUUUAUAUCAUAUUGCUGUGGAAGUAAUUGAUGAGAGCGACGAGGACGAGGAGGAUGACGACGAAAGCGAGAAAGAUGAAAAACAAGAGAAAGAAGUGGAGUUUAGCAAAUGUCCAAGAUGUAACAAAUUAUUAAAAAAGUUUUUGAAAUGUCGACAAAGUACUGGCGCUAUUAGUAGUAACAAUAAUAUAAGUAGCACUAGACAAAAUUUUGCCUUUUUUCGUUCACAGGAUGAAGGUAUAUCGAAUAUUCCACAACCAUCAAAAUCAUCAUCAAAAACACCGACAAAAAAAUCAUCGUUAUCAAAACGGUCAUCAAAACCGUCAUCAUCACCACCCACAAACAACACAACUACCACCUCAACUUCACCAACUUCACCAAACAUUAACAACACUACUAGCAACAACGCAACCACUAAUACCAAUACCAACACCAGCAGAAACUCUACAAAUAGUAAACAUAAUAGUAAGGAUGGUAAGGAUAUAACUUCAACAUUAAAAACUUAUUUAACAAAAAAAAAGCAAAGGUCUAGUCAUCAUCUUAAUAAUAACGGAGAUGCUGAAACACGUGCAUCAGUUGUCGAACCUUUAACAAUAAUACACGGUUUAAAAGAGGAAAUACAACAACGCGAGACGACAUUGGAAUCCUUGGAAAAGAAACUAAAGGGUUUGGAGUCGCAAAAAGAAAAGGCCUUAUCAGAAUUGGAGAAAGCACAAAAGCAAUUAAAAGAUAAUAGUCAUGAAAUCACAGAUCUCAAAAGUUCACUAGUGGAACGUGACCAGAAAAUAAAUAAGUUAACGAAGAUGGCAGAAAAAACCAAAAAAGAGAAGGACAACUUAAUAAAUGAGUUGGACAAAAUAAAAUCUGAAUUAAAAGUGCGUGAGAAAGAAAUAAGAGAUUUGAAUUUUUCAUUGUUGGAAUGUGCUCAUGAAUUACAAACAGUUAAAACUGACCUAGACUCAAUAAUGGAAGAAAGAGAUUUGGCAGUGUUAGAACUGCAAGAUCAAUCAUCAGACCGCGAGAAAUUAGUACAAUCACACACAAGUCAAUUACAACUGAUGAAAAAAGAACUUGAGAUAAUUCAAUAUGAUCUAGAGAGUACACAGUUAGAACUUGAAAAUACUCAAUUAAAAUACAAUGCAGAAGCAGAAGCAACACAAGCAAUGUGUUCAGCAGAAGUAGAGGCAACCAAAGCCAAAUUUGCAGCAGAAAUAGGAGUGAUUAAGGCCAAAUAUUCAGCAGAACUUCAUGCCACCAAGGAAGAGCAUGCAGAUGAAUUAGAAGCCACAAAAGCACACCUUUCCUUUUUUAAAUCACAACUUGAUUCAACAAAAGCACAACUUUCCUUUACAAAAUCCAAACUUGAAUGGGCAAGAGCUGAUUUAUCAUCAAUAAAAUCCCUGCUGGAUGCAACUAAAGCAGAACUUGCCACAUCAAAUAAUAAAUUAAAGAGGACAACGGCAGAGUUGAUAGCCACCAGAGCUGAGGUUGACGAAUACGUUGAAAUUAUUAGCUAUAAAGAUGGAUUGACAUCAUUUCAAGAAAAAGCAAAAAUAUAUCAGCUCGAAAGCGAGAACGCAAAAUUAAAAAAACAAGUUAGUCAAUCAAAAGCACAAGCAAAUGAACAAGAGUUAUUGAAAGAAGAGUUAGCACGUCUACAAUCAGAAUUAAUUUCAAUAAAAUUAAUUGGAUCAGGAAUAAAAGGACAACAACAACUGCAGAAGAAACAACAACAAGAUAAGCUUGCACUAUUGAAUAAUGAUUUGUCAACAUCAAGCUUUAAACAUAUAAUAGCACCGUUUUCACCACCUGAAUCACCAUCUAAUUCCAGACCAAGUAGUGAUUUAUUUUCAGAUAUUGAUAGUCCUGUAACAUCAACUCAUGAGAAUAAUGUAAACUCAACUAUGAUCGCAAAUGCUAAUGGUGAUUGGGUCACGGUAAAGAAACGUGGCAGUAAAAAACAACAAAGAGGAAACACCACGAUUAGAACUAACGGUCGUGGUGGCGGUAGAGGUGGCGGUAGAAGAGUGAGCAGCGGAAGUAGUAAUGGUGGUUAUGCCUACUAA